UGUUUGUCGAUUCAGAAAAAUGUCAACAAACAACUGCUUAAACUGAGUUUAAUCACAUGCUCAAUCAACAAGUUAAGACAUUAACAGUUCAUUAAUUAACUCUAUCUAGAUCUAGACAUUAGAGACUAGAUCUAGAUCUUUAUAAAUAUUAUAAUAGUAUAUGUCUAGGUCUAGACUUCGAAUUUAGAUCUAGAAUCUAGAGUAGAUCUCUAGAUGAGUAGAUAUCUAGAUCUAGAUGUAGAGAAUCUAUUUAUUUUAUUAUUUAUCAAGAUCAGAUGUGUCAGUGCCUGACAGUAGUGACAGUGCGCAAUCAAAUACUGAAAUUGAAAUACUGAAAUAGUGAUAUAGUCUACUAACACUAACAGUCUUCACUCUUGAGUUACGUGAGUCUAGCUAUGAAUAAAACGCCAAGAAAGCAAGUGAAAAUAGUAGUAAUAGAGUCCGAUCAAGUUGUACAACAUAUUUUGCCUAAACAAGAAAAACAUAAGGAGCACAAAAACAAAAAAUCCACAGCUGCUACUGCUGACCUAACAUAUUCAGACCAUGUUGGUAAAAAGAAAACAUGUGGCUCAAGUGAAGAUGAAAGUUAUGAAAUGGGCUGUCAGGCGCCAGCAAAGUCACUUGAUGACUGUUCCUCUGAUUUUUCUGAAGUCUUCAAAUUCCGUACACCUAAGAAAUCUGGACAAAUGGCUGUGAAAGCUGGAAAUAGCCUCACCCCCAAGCAGAAUAAAGUUAGUUUAUCAAAAUCUGCUGCAAACACACCUGAUAGAAAAACUUCCAAGGAUUUAAGAACACCUCCCAGAUCUCAAGCUGCAUCGAAGAAAAUGACUGACUCUGAUUCUGUUCCUUCAAGUAAACCUUUACUUCACAAGCGUAUGGAAUCAAGUACACCUUAUAGGCUUCGUAAACGUAAUUUGGAUAUACAACAUACAGCUUCCUCUUCUGAUGAUAGUAUUGACGAGUCUUCCACUGAGAACUCUGAGGAGGAAGGAGAGAAAGAUUUUUUGACCACCAACACAACUAGUACAACCAGCAUGGCAGCUACAGCUGAAGCCUACUUUGACCUACACUCUGCUGCCCCUGUGACAUCUGACCGAACUCUGUCAGCUUUAGAUGGCCCUAGGCUGGACUUGGACACAAUCCGCAAGGUGCUAAAAUCUUUUGACCCUGGACACCAUCAUCAACUCCAGGCACUGAUGGAAAAACACACUCGCUUGUUUAAACGAUGGAUGUUCUAUAUGUGCUGUGGUUAUAAUAUAUUACUGUAUGGCUUAGGAUCUAAACGCCUAUUGCUGGAUAAAUUUAAAGAUGAGCACCUGAAAGAUUUCUCACACUUGGUGGUCAAUGGCUAUUUCCCAAGCUUGACAGCCAAAAAUAUUUUGAAUUCCAUCUCUGAAGAAAUCCUGGACAAUCCUAAAGGGUUUACCAAUGUGUAUAGCCAGAUUGAGUUUAUCAAAGAAACAUUUAAACAACGCAAUGAAGACUUUUACUUAAUAAUCCACAAUAUCGAUGGAGUUCUGCUGCGAUCUGAAAAGUCCCAGGCUAUUCUAAGUAGCCUGGCAGAGGUUGAAGGCAUUCACAUCAUUGGCUCAGUGGACCAUAUCAAUGCUGCACUAAUGUGGGAUCAAAACAAGUACUGUCGUUUCCGAUGGCUUUGGUAUGAGACUGCAACUUUCCAAAGCUAUGAAGCAGAAAACUCGUAUGAGAACUCUCUAAUGGUUCAACAAUCAGGUUCUCUGGCCCUCAGCUCACUAGUGCAUGUUAUGAGAAGUUUGACACCCAAUGCUCGUCAGGUGUUCAUCAUGCUGGCUGAGUAUCAGUUGGAGGUUGGGACGACACAAAACUAUGUGGGUAUGUCGUUUCAAACUUUAUAUCACAAGUGCCGUGAAGCUUUCCUUGUCAACAGUGAUCUGACACUUCAAGCUCAGCUGGUAGAGUUCAAAGAUCAUCGUCUUAUCAGAUCUAAAAAAAACUUUGAAGGAAUUGAACAUCUAACCAUUCCAAUAGACAAUGCCACAUUGAAAGAAUUUCUCCAAGAACACAAAACCAUUCAAGGUUAAAGAUUUCAAUUCAUUUGUUCAUACAGGCAAUAAAUAUGAGAUAUGAUAGGAUAUCAAGACUAUUUUUAUAUUUGUUACUAAUCUGUUUGAAAGAUUUAUGCAUUUUACAUUGGAACUUCCUUUUUUGACUUUUUAUGUAUGUAUACAUAUUAUAUAAAUGUAAUAAAUAUUUUAUUUGCACCUGU